UCACAAUCCCACACUUUAUAUUCUCUCUAUCUUUUUCAUCAUUUAUAGUUUCCUUGCAUUCAUCAAAGCCAUGAAAACAUUGAACAAAUUUGAAGUUGUGGUGCUCUUUCUCCUUGCUCUUCUCCUUGGGAUCACACCCUUGUUACCUUCUUCUCUCAGGCCAACCUUCCUUUACUUCAUCUUCAACGUUCUCAUCGUUGCACUAGGAGCAGAAGCUGGUCUUCUCUCAGUUUUUUCUAAGCCUUUAGAAGUCACAAAGCAACAUGUUGAAGUGUGUGAACCUGAAGAGGAAAAGGAAGAAGCAUUCAACACAGACCACACUGAAAUUAAGACUGAGGUUGUUCAAGUGUUUUCUUCUGAUGAGAAGAUUGUUGGUGUCAGUGAAGUGGAUGAGGUGAAAAAGUGUAGUUCAAUGCCAAAUCUUUUGAUCAUAGAAGGUGGAGAAAGUGAACAGAUAGAUGAGGAAAUUGAAACAGUUCAUGGGCAAGAGUUGUUUGCGAAAGCUGAAGCCUUCAUUGGGAACUUCUACAAACAGUUAGAGAUGCAGAAAGAGGUUUAUCAGGAAUCAUUUUAGGAAUUCAUCAUCACUUUUUUUUCUUCUUUGUUUCUAAGAAUAAAUCAUUUCCAGGUUGAUAGAUUGUAUAAACACUGGUUCUGAUUUUGAGGGUCUAUAUCAGUUGGGAGCCAAAGAAAAGUUAUAUAUAUUCUGCUUUUCUGUGA